ACUUCAGAAGUUCAGGUAUCGUUGUUGGAUUUCGUGUCCUAAGUUUGUUUUGAGUUAGAUUAGAGUUGUAAUCUUAGUUGGCAACUACGGUAAAAUCUAAUUCUGUUUGGGUUUGAAUCAGAUCUACUAAGAUCUGGUAAAAACGAUGGGGUAGAGAUUGGAUCAAUCAUUGGAGGCAUUCUCGCUGCUCAACUAGUCUUGGUAUUGAUUUUUAUCUAUCGUAGAAGAUACUCUCGAAAAUCAGGUGAGGAGAUCAAUUUCACCUUGUUCCUCCAUAAAUCUAAUCGUCAAAUCACAAUAAAUGUUGCUUAAACUUGCCCCUUGUUUUUUUUUCACUCAAGAUUUUUCUGAUUGGAAUUUGGAAGCCAAAUGCAAAUGCAGAUUUACCGGUCAUGGUACCGAACAAUGUCAGAACUCGUUCAUUUAGCAUAGAAGAGCUGAGGACAGUGACACAGAAUUUCAGCCAAGAGAUCGGUAAAGGAGGUUUUGGAACUGUCUUCUAUGGCAAGUUACUGGAUGGAAAAGAAAUUGCUGUAAAAGCGCUAUCCUCUUCAUCGAAGCAAGGAGUAUUAGAGUUCUUAAAUGAGAUUGACCUUCUCUCAAGAGUGAGUCACAAGAACUUGGUGUGGUUGCUUGGCUACUGCAACUCCUCCAAGGAGCUUAUGCUUGUUUACGAAUACGUGGGUGGAGGAUCACUCAGGGAUCACCUUCAUGGUUCUUUGGCAAACUCCUCUGCCCUAGACUGGAAAGCUAGGAUUCGAGUAGCUCUAGAUGCAGCAGAAGGUUUGGAAUUUAUGCAUUCGAGGUCCAGACCGAAAAUCAUUCACAGAGAUGUGAAGAGAUCAAACAUUCUCCUAGACUUGAAUAUGAGGGCAAAAAUCGCAGAUUUUGGGCUUUCAAAAAUUCUUCAAGAUGAUUGGAUCUCUCAUGUGACUACCACAACUGCUUACUCAAAGAUUAUUGUAACUUUCCUUGAUUGA